AUUGCAUAUUAAUGGUCCGCAUACUUAAUCCAACUACGAUAGGAAUAGGUACUGAUCGUCGUCGAAAAAAUUGAAUGGUUAUUACACUCUGACUUAUAGACCGAUGUGGCAUUGUGAACAGUUUAAUAUCGUGAUACAAAGAACCCGCGGCAAAAUGGGAAUUAUCGCAGUGUUCAUUUGGACAUUCUUCACAUGGCGUUACGUCAACGCUCAGACCACAUCUGACGUCAUUGCGUGUUAUGGGGCUGAAAAUGAAUGCGAUAUACUGAAAUUAAAAACUUGUUCCGACCGCGAGCUAAUAUAUUUAAUAGACCAGAAGUACGGAUCGAAGAAUGGGUCGUGCUCUACCAACGAAAACAAUUGCUUUAUGUCAGGCUCAGGAUGUUGCUCCCAAGCGGGGAGCGACUGUUUGAAGGACUACUCACAAAGCCAUGCAUACGACUUACAUCGCGCUUGCUCUGGCAAAUCAAAUUGUGAAAUACAGGCUGCCGGAAACUUGAACUGUUAUGGAAAUCCGGAAUGGUCUACUUAUGGGAAGAUUUCUUUCUUCUGUACACGUGAUUCAGAUGUGGUGCAUUUUUGCGAUCACGUUUUCGUCGAAAAGGAAUCAGCCCACAUUAUAUUUGACAAGCAGGAUUUUUCAUCAAACAACCACUCGUUUUGCUCAUGUAACGUGGCAUCUAGUGAGAAUUUGAUUGUUACUUACGUUGACAUCCGAUUGGAAAGGGUAUAUACAUCAAAAGCAGCAACGAAUUGCUCUUCCACAAGGCUGGACAGUUUUCCACAGAUCCAGACCCCUAUUGUUUGCACAAGCACAUCAGACGACUCGGCAAACUUUGUGUACAAAAGAACCGUCAACACGACUGUUCGUAAUGUGCGUUUAGCAUUAAACGAUCUCUUUAAACAAGACGCAUACGACUCGCCUGUUUACGUAUGGAUUUGGGUUAAAGCACGCAAUAAUGCAAAUGUCAACGUAACGUGCGAUAUAACAACGUACGCAUCAAAUAUAUCAACAACAGCACAAACCACGCCGACUACGACAAUAACAACAACCACAACCGACACAACAACGAAAACAACGCCGACUACGACAAUAAAAACAACCGCUCCCGACACAACAACGAAAACAACGCCGACUACGACAAUAACAACAACCACAACCGACACAACAACGAAAACAGCAAACUUCACACAAAUAACAAGCCAAUCAUACAUUAUCGCAAACCAAACUACUACUGGUUCUUCAAAUACAAGCGUAAACGAAAGUUCAUCAACCGAUUCUACUCAAGUUUCAACUCAAAUAUCAAGUGCAACAACCAGUGCGACAAUGCAAUCACCAAACCAAAACGAAACCACUAAUGGUUUCACAGAUGGAACAACGAACACCGCAUCGCAAAAUUCAGUUUCAUUUAUGUCAGAAACAAGUAAAGCUAAUGAUUCCGGAACGCCGAAUACUGCGUUAAUUGUCGGGGUCGUUGCAGCAGGUCUUGUUGUGCUAGUGAUUGCCAUAGCACUUGUCUGCAUUAUAAGGUUCAAAAGACGCUUAAAACGCCCAAAUAAAAUACCAGAAAUUCCGAAAAAAGACACAGACACGGAUGACUAUGCUGUUAUCCCAUGCGACAUAAACUCAUCUGCUGAUUCGGGUAAUCCAUACGAUAAUACUGUUGGUAGUAGAAGUAAAGUGGCGGAGGACACGGAUUCAGGAAACACACACAUACCAGGAGUAACACUACGCAAUGAAGAUAAGUUUCAGACCGAGCCGAUCCUGAAAAUACUUCAUUCGGAUAAUAGUUACGUAGAAUUUAUCAGAGCAAGUUUUUCAGAAGAUCAAUAUGAACUUCCAAUUAACACACAGUGCAAGGACAUGUAACCUGAAAUGGAGCUUCGACCGAUUAGCAAUCUUGAGGACACGACACAGCAAAUGGAGAUACUAUUUGCUGACGAUUUGGAAUAUUAUAUUAAACCCGAGUCAGACUUUAACAAGCCUAAGCCUUGCAUUCAAAUGACGUCCCUACCGUUGCAAAAUUAGGUAAUACUCAACAUGCCAAUUACGAACCAAACCAAACAGAUUAACAAAGGGUGGAGACAAGAUAACAUAUACGCCACAUCCACAUUGCUUCACCAAUGCCACGUUAAAAAGACAGAUGAUGAUAAUAUACGUGUUUGUUUGCUUAGACGCGAUGCUCCAAUAUUAAGCACCAAAGCUGGUAAUUCAGAAGAGGAAUGUAUGAAUGUACGCGACCAAAUUUAUCAGAAAAAAAUCCUGGCGUUAAGAGUGCUUCAAUCGCAGUGCCAAUUCAGUAUAAGUGAACAAUAAACACUUUCCUUAAACAAUACUCAGUGCUGAUCAAAACUGGCUUAAAAUAUAUAUAUGAGAUUUGUAUUAUUACUAAAAUAAACGACUUUAAGUUUAGCCAUUUUGGUGUUAAGGCAGAUGUAACCAAUAAUGAAGCUGUCGUGAUAAUCCGGGUUGUCUUAGGUCAUUUUAAUUUAACACUUACUGGUCAUAUCAUAUUCGGUGAACAUAUUGACUUCUUGAUAAAUUUGUUUUCAGGCUACCGAUGUUGAUCAUAAUACUAUAUCAUGAACAUCAUUGUAUUUGUGUAAUCAGUAUAUUCAGUGUUUUUUACCUAAAGAAUCGUGUUUGUUUUCCCAAGUCUACAGCAUUUGUUGUUGUAAGGAUACUAACAUUAUAUGUAAUCAUAUUUUCGCGUUUGACUCAAUGCAUGUCUCAGAUGCUCCCCAUUGCAUAUGCACAUUGUUAUACAUGGUGUAAUAGCAAGCGCUUGUAAAGUCAAGUAUAUUACAUUUUAUUCACAGAUUCGGUAUAAACCAUGUAAUACUGAUAGUUAAAACAUGCCUAUGAUAUAAUUUAUUAUUCAGACGAAAUUAGUAUGGAAGGGAAUAUCCGCCAGUACAUGCAUGCUCCUAAAUUACAAUUUCAUUUUGCUUAAUGACAAUUGUAGUUUACUUCAUGACAACACCAUGUUGAUAUAUUACAAUUGGUAAUACCCGCGAUUACAUGGAUGAUGCUUAAUGACAAUUGCAUUUUGCUUUGUUUUAUUUGUUUUACAAUAACUGCAUCUUCCUUGCGUGUUUAUGCUUUUUUGUAUCAGUUAGUGUUACAUUACUUGCAUACUUCGUUUUAAUGUUACUCGAUGUAUGCAAAUCAUGUAU